AUGAAGCAACAGAGUAAUAAGAAUUCGUUUACGGAGCAGGGGAGGGAUACCCCAGCCACGGCAAUGUCAGGUGGGUUAGCAGCACCUGCGGGGUCGACAUUCAUCUACUGCUCGACGCCCUCGGUUGACCACUUGGCCGAGGGAGCAGCAAACGUCGACCCGUCAAGUGAAGGACAGGUUACAACUUUUAGAAACCUAGUGACGGAGAGUCUCACAUCAAGAGAUAUGGCAAUUUCAAGGGAGGACUCUGGCCUCCAGGAAUUGCAAGAGGUCCUGAAGGAGACCCUUCGGACCAUUGUAAAAAAGAGGACGGUCGCGAACGAGGUGACUGCUGGUGUUAAAGAGGCAUCGCUAAUUCUGACGCAGCUUUUGACACACCGCAAAACCUGGAAGGACGCCCAGAGAAAACUGGCGUCCACAGAAUUGAAGGAACGAGAGCACCUUCUCCAAGAGCUGCAGCGACGGGAACAACUCCUAAAAGAAUCACGGCAAAUGAAGACGCCAAAAAGGAAAACGGAGAAAGCACCUAAGCGGAAGGAAACAGAACACUCCAGCCCGCCAAAAGGGCCUCAAGAGUCCGUCGUUCUUUCUUACGCUGAGGUUACAACCGGAGACAACACUCCCUGUAACAAUGAGGCCCCGAAAGGGAAGCGCCCCUUGUCAUCACCCGAGGAGGGUGAAAGGGAGCAGAAAAAGAAGAAGGACAAGGAGACUGCGGAUAAGAAACCAAGUGACGAGCAAUUCAUCGUUGUGGAGAGAAAAAGGAAAAGGAAGAAACGAAAAAAGAAGGAGAUGGCGGCAGCUGCAGGGACGAGUGGAGCGGAGAGACCGGGACAGGAUGGGACAGCAAAUGGACCAACGACGGAACGGACCACAGCAUCCAAGGAGGCCAAGCAGCGGAAGAGGCGACAACGGGCGGAGGCCGUUUUGAUCACAUCAGGUGAGUCGAGAUCGUCUGGGGAAGUUUUGAAAGCAUUGCGAUCGAAACUCUCUCCGGAGGAUCUUACUACUAGUGUAAGAUCAAUAAGGACAGCCAGGAAAGGCGGUCUUCUUAUUGAGUUCGAGGGAUCUGUCAAAGAUCGCUCCGCUCUCGAUAGGAAGAUUACCGAGGCGGCUGGUGGAGUUGUCGCGGUGCGCCAUCUCGUCCCUACCACUACGGUGGUUAUUGACGCGCUGGACGCUGCGACAACAGUUGAUGAGGUAAGGGCAACCUUGCGUCGGAGCAUCGGUGAAGGUGCGGACGAGCUCAAAGUUAAUAUAACUAAACCCAAUAAAUGGGGAGCUGUCCGUGCCUUCAUUGAGGCAAGAUGCGCGGUCGCCACUGCCUUAGAGGCCUUGGGAAAGGUCAAAGUGGGCUGGUUGGUCUGCCGUAUCCGCCGCUGGGAACGGCUCGAUCGAUGCUUUCGCUGCCAUGGUCUUGGUCAUUCGGCCGGAUCAUGUAAGGUGGAAGUUGAUCGGUCGAGUCUUUGCUGGCGUUGCGGCCAGGCGGACCACCAGGCCAAGGCCUGUCCUAAUCCACCACGCUGCCACCUCUGUGCGGCAGUAGGAGACGGGCGAUCUGUGGAUCACACAAUCGGUUCGAGGCGUUGCACUUCUCAUAAAAAUGGCUAA